CAUUCCUUACUCUGUAAGAACAUGUAUGAACCCCUGGAGAAAUUGCAGAGUUGGAUGAAGGCUCUUAAACUGUCAUCCGUCAAAGAUAACAGAUCCAGCUUUAGCUCACUUCUCUGCAGCUUGCUAAUGAGGUCGACGGGGUCGAUGAAGAAGGACCAGUUACUGGCUACGUUAAUCGCUAAUACGCUAAUCGCAGCUGAUCCUUUUCUGAAUCGAAGAUUGCGGGUAAAUCGUUGUGUUUCCUUAGCAAAACAACUCUAGAGUAGGAGACCCCCUUGAAGAAAUCGAACAUUGUGCCAUAUUUCAUAAAGGUAGUGAAACAGCUGCAAAUCCCUGUUUGUCUACGGCUAAGAGGAAAAAACAAAGAACAGAGGAAGUUAAAGAACACAAAGGAAAGCCUGACUCAUUUUUAAGUGUGAAUUCAUCAUUCAUUUACUGAUGCAACUAGCCGUGAACAACACAUCCACUUCGGCUUCUUUUACACCCGACGCUGAAAGCUACACUGGUGUAGACACAAAUGUAUUAAUCCCGCUUUCCGUAACAUGGGGUGCACUAGGUCUUGUGUCAACUGCACUCAACAUCAUCGUAUGCCUGAUAGUUCUGAGCGACCGACGGCUGUGGACAAUUACUAACUCAUUUAUAGUGUCUCUUUCGGUGGCCGACCUACUUAUAGCUGCUGCGCUCAUUCCGAUUUACAUUUGCGAGAACUUUACUAUGACGAAGACGCCAAUUACUGGGUAUGUUAUCGCCUUUCUACUUCUUGCGUCGAUCUUCAACAUCGGCGCGGUAACCUACGAGCGAUACGUGGCUCUGACCAGACCACUAGGUUACCGGGUGACAAUGAACGCUACCAGAGUAGCGGUGAUCAUCUCCCUGUGUUGGAUCUUACCUUGUUUCAUCUCGAUACUUCCAGUGGCUUGGGAUGCUGAUCCGAUGUCGAAAUAUCACAAAAUUUACCUGUUUGUUACUGUAUUUGGCUUCGUUCUGUUGCCGUGCUUGGUGAUGGUGUGGAUUUACGUGCGUCUUCUCCGCGUGGUGCGUCGAUUCAUCACUCGAAAUCGAAGGCGGUCCACUUGGGGUAACAGAACGGGGGAGCGGGCGGGGAACGAAGACAAGGCGGUGAUAGUGUUUGCUCUAAUUUUCGGGAUGUUUCUUCUCUCUUGGAUGCCACUUAUUUACAUCAACAUCUGUGAAAUAUUUGAUCAGCUUAACCUGGUCUCGUUGCCACUUCUCUAUGUUUCGUUUUAUACUUUGCUUUUCAACACCAUCAUGGACCCAUUGAUUUACGCGUUUUUGAAGAAAGACUUCAGCGAAAGUUUAAAGAGAAGGUUGAAAAAAGACGACUAUAACACCCCAAGAGAAGAAUCACAAGUAGAAAUAACAGUGGUUAAAUCAAAAUGUUAAAGAAAUAGUCUAAUAUCAAUUAAGAUUAAGUCGUAUUAAUUUUUUUUAUAGAGCUUUUAAGGCAGAUUACUACAACAUCAACAGAUUCGCCAUUAUCAACUGUGAUCGGAACUUCUAUUUUUUUGCGCUGCUGUGUGGGAUCCCACCCAGGAGUGACCCCGCAGGGUUUUUAGUGAAAGCCGGUUAACGCUGUUUGUUUUUCUCGCGGGCAGGCUCUCGUGUUUUUGUGGUUUUGCUUUAUGGCCACUUAAACAAAAGGUUAGCGGACUCCCUGGUGACCAAAAAUAAGUUUCUCCUUACAAUAUCAAUCAUUUUCAAAGAGAAACGCCAUGAAAAGAAAGAAAAAUGUCAGCUUGGGGGAACUUGUUUGAUGAAACAUCAGAAUCUCAGAAUAAAAGUUAUGAUUAAUGUAUGACAGGCCGUGCGGAGAAUUGAUAUUUUGUGCGUGAAAAUUUUCACAUGUCGAAUUUUUUCUUGAAUUUUUACAACACAAAAGGAAAUCGCGUAAAUUCGAUUAUCUUUUCAAGAUUUAUGGGCUCGAUUGACAUUUAGUUUCAGCUGAAAUUUUUCUUUUUCAGUGAAUUAAGCCUGAAAACCUUUCACGAUAUCAAGUGGCCGUGAACAUCAGUUUUACGAGCAGUUUAUCUCGUAUUUUUGUUUCUUCAGCAAAAACAUCCUUUUGAACGCCACUUUUAACUUUC